AAAAAAAUUGCGGUUUACCCCCGCGAUUUGCACUAUUUCGGCCUGAGAUUUAGUGUUUUCGGCCUGAUUUGCGCUAUUUUUCAGACUGAGGUAUGGCCAUUUUUGGACCUUGAUUUGCACUAUUUCGGACUGAGUCAACAGGUAGUUCCAGGGGGCCUUAUUGGGUCGCUCCGUCACAAACCAAAUGGACCUUUGAGGUGUCAAAGAACAGAUGGCCGGGGACGUCUUUUGAAUGGAGCAAAAAAGGUUGUCUUGCAGCACAGAGCUGAGUAGGUCUGCAUUAAGGGGGAAUCGAACCCC